CAUUGCUUGUUCAUGGAUAUAAAAACUGCAUUGAAGAAGCUUUUUAUCAUCUCUUGUAUAAGCAGCAACCUAUAGAAAAAAAAUUACAAACAUUUUCUUGAAUCAAAUCUGCCAUUGACAAUGGAAGUUGAAAUAGUUUUUGAAGAUUGCAUUAAACCCUCUUCACCAACACCAUCUCACCUAAAAAUCUACAAACUUUCUCUCUUAGAUCAAUUCAUGCCUUGUGUUUAUGUUCCUAUGAUCCUUUACUAUUCCAACACAAACGAAGACCUUCAUCGCGAUAAAACAUUACUACUGAAACAAUCAUUAUCUCGAACCCUAACACAAUUUUAUCCGCUUGCAGGGAAGAUUACAGACGAUCUUUCCGUGGAAUGUAAUGAUGAAGGGGUCUUAUAUUUAGAGGCUAGGGCAAGCAUUUCUUUGUCAGAAUUUCUCAAACACCAUGAUAUUACAUUACUACAAAAAUUCUUACCUAAUCAUUCUGUACCAACUCCAGGUUCUUAUGUUACCAUGAUUCAAGAAACAUUCUUUGAUUGCGGUGGCUUCACCAUUGGAAUCUAUAUUCUACACUCGGUCAUGGAUGGUUGCGCUUUAGCUUCAUUUCUAAAAGCUUGGGGAGCCAUGGCUUGUGAUGAAUCUGAUAAGAAGAUGAUCCCAAGUUUUGAUGGCCCGUCUGUUUUUCCUAAUGUAUCAGAUUUUCCAAGAGAUCUGAAUAUGAUGGCUUUACUUAGCAAUUUUAUCAGAGUUGAGAAAAUGAAUGCAGCAAGAUUUGUAUUUGAUGGAUCUUCCAUUGCUAAUCUUAAAGAGAAAGUAACAAGAUCUGGUGUGAAAAACCCUACUCGCGUCGAAGUGGUUUCAGCACUUCUUUUUAAGAGCUUGAUGGCUGCUCUCAACUCUAUAUCUCAUAAUAAUGAUGAUGAUACUCCAUUACCAUUAGCAAUCACUCAUGCUGUUAAUGUUCGUCGGAGAAUGCUUCCACCAUUUCCGGAAUGUUCAAUGGGGAACUUUGUCUGCUUUGCCGAUACAUUAUUAUGCGGCCCUCAUGAGGAAAAUCAACUAAGCAACAUUGUGUGCAAAUUGAAAGAAUCAAUUGCAAAGAUCAAUUACAGUUAUGUUAACAGCAUACAAGGUGAUGACGGGCUCGUAAAGUUGCACGAGAAGAUGAAAGAGAUGAUAAGUGCAUUCACGAGCCCAAAAUUUUACAAUGGUGUGAACUAUGCUGCAUUCACCAGUUGGUGCGGUUUUGGUCUUUACGAGGUUGAUUUUGGAUGGGGAAAGCCGGUUUGGACAACUUAUGCAGGAUCUUAUGGAAAUGUUAAAUCGCCUUUUGCAAAUCAUGUAGUUCUAAUGGAUGCAAGAACCGGAAAUAAUGGGAUAGAAGCAUGGGUUGUUUCUGAUGAAGAAGCUAUAAGUAUGUUAGAAGGAGAUGACGAACUUCUAAAACACGCUUACCUUAAUCCAACUCCGUUAACUAAUUAAUUUAGGUCUUCGAAGACCUAAUAAAAGAUACCAAUGAGAUAUAGUUCAAAUGGUAUAAAUACUAAGCAAUAUUCUGUUAAAGUUGUGGGUUGAAUAAAAGUAUAAUUAUUAUAAUUGUAGUUGAUUAUUGUCAUAUGAGUGAACUUCACCAUUUAGUAUAUUGAUUGUGAGAAGAGCCUGUAAACACAUGGAUUAAGUACAACAUUUCAUAAAUAAUGCAGGUAUGAUUUUUAUUUAUCAA